AUGCGUCUAGUGCAGCUUCUCCCCAGAGCCUUGAAAAGCACUGUACAUUCUGCAACGGAACCUGGGACAAAUCACGCUACCAAAUCAGCUGACACCAAAGAUCGCUCAGACCACAAACCCCAUCCGGUACUCAUCUCGAGCUUUGAGCAUUCUACCCUAAAAUUGCAGACACAAGCUAUCUCUGUGGAAAUUCUGAACGAUGAUGACCGUGGUUCUGUAGUAUCUACAAUUGCUUUCCUGGAGAUGGAUCCCAUUCGCAUGUCCAAACGGAGCGCGUGCGAGGUAAGAAGUGAGAACACUGAGAUGACGGUGACAAGGUGCACCAUACUUUGCCGGGCGUUGCGACUUGAGGAUAGAGAUUUCGAAGUCCCAAUUCGUCUUCGCGAGGUCAUCAGCACGCGACGCAAUAAUGGCAACUUAGACAAUGAGUAUGAAGCUACGUUUGUUUCAAAGACGGAUCAUGCUUUGGCCAUAGAGAGCGUUUCUAGAACUGACAGAUAUGGGGUAGAGAAGUCUUCGCUAAGCAUUGAAGUGAAAGGUCUUCGAGUGGUUCCAUCACCGUCUCUUUACGAACGUUUGAAUCAAUUCCUUGUCAGGAGCUCUGUCCCUGUACGAAAAACAACACCAGGACGCUCCUCACGCUCCUCGCUCUCAUCUAAGGAUAGAGAUGAAGUAUGUGAAGACAGUCAAAUUGACACUGUAACGAGUGCAUUCGAAUGCUCUUUAGAAAACCUCACAGACCCACUCAUGAAGGAAGAAAAGGCCGUCCAGAAGGUCUCUGUGAAGUUUUCUGACACUGCGAUUCAGGUAUAUGGAAAAGGCCGAAGCGUGUCGGAAUCGUCAACGAUAGUUGCCAUUGGUACUCUGAAAACCAACCUCUUAUUCGCAGCUGACGGUCACUUGCUUUCAGGGUCAGAAAUUCGGUGCAAAGAAACACUUGUUUCAAUGAUAAAGAUACCAGAGGAAGUUGUGACUACUGAAAAACAUGCUGUCAACCUUACUGAUAUUGAAGUGUCGCAAAGAGUACAAAAACACAUCGAGAAGAGUACCAAGUUUCUCGAUGGCCUGAAUCAAACAGGACCCUCGUUUCUUAGUCACCAUUUGACAGUGCCAAGCAAGCGAUUGCGGUGGAACUUCUUCAGGCAAGACAGCGAUGUCCACCGAGCAGAAGAACUGGUAAAAAUUCCAAGUGCAGCUCUUCGCUUGCCUGGGCGGAAUUUGGAUCGUCUUACUCUUCUGAUCCCGACCGUAACUGUAGAAACACACAUUCAGUCUCUGUUACAUUUCGCCCAUCUCAUGUCUCGAUUAGAAUGCCUUCCGAAGUUGGAUUCGAAUUCGGAGAUUAUUCUUUCGCCGCUUCAGCUGUCGGUCAGCAACAUAUCGUUUCGAAUCAGGUUACCCACAAGUGCAGGCGACGAUCCGGAAAAUAUGGGACACUUGAAACACGUCUCAUUGCGUUCUAGAUCUAGCAUUGAAGGAGUCUUAGGUCGAAAUUUGUCUGGAUUGACAGCUAGCGUACAAUUGACAAUCGAUGUGUUUGAUGAGGAACGAGGCUUGCGAGAUCGCAUUUGUUCGCUUAUUGGUGUGAGAAUAGAAGGUCAUUUCUCUGACGACAUCUCGAUUUCACUUCAUUGUGACAGGCUCUCGAGAAUUGUGGUAAGUCCCUUGACCAUUCGGGCAGUUGCAUGCCUUGCCUUCGUUGCCUCGGGGAAGGCAUCAAGGCCGAAAACCGUGAAGAACAAGCCUGCGUUUGCAUCAGGAGUAGGGAAAAUGAACGAGUGCAAAUCGCAUGAAACUAAAGUUAUAAACUGGACCAUAGCCUUACGGGGAGUCGCAUUCUGUUGUAUUGCAGAGAAUCCUCGUAUCCAGUUACUCAGACUGAAUCUCCGGCAGGUUUCAAGUUCAGGGCAUUUUUCGCUGCCUUAUUGCGAGAAGGGGAAGCUAGAACUGAAAGUUCUUGAUUUAGUCCUGGAGGACACAUUCUCGUGGAGACUAUAUGGCGCUCAGGACCCUACCGAAAGCUCUGUCCAUUGGACAAACAUUGCUUGCGGGAUACGAAAUCGUCCAAGACACAAAUAUUCCCGGUACGCAAGCCAAGAUGAUGACUGCUCCGUCACAGAUGUCCCUGUUCUUCUUUCCCAAUUUUCGUGGCAUCACUCCUUCAAGCAUGUAUAUGCACAUGUGCAGUCGAGAGGCUUCGAAAUCAAUCUUGACAUGGCAAUUGUUCCUCUUUUAUCUUCUUGGGCAGCCUCUUUAAGUGAAUCAAUGAAUAGGUUUCGACCGCAGUGUACAGAAGAUCUCAAUAUCAAUGAAAUCCACAAGCAGGAAAGGCAUGAAUUUCUCAUUGCGGUUGACCAACUGGCAAUCGGUCCUAUUGAGUUGGUCAUUUCUACAAAAGCACCGCCCCCACGUAUCCGGGACAGCCUCUUACAUCGGGCUUUUAUUUGGCUGGUUGGUUCUGAAUCUAUCUCGGGAAUCACUCUCACAAUUCCUCGAAUUGUUCUCAACGGUGAAUUCUAUGAUUUCGAUCUUUUUGUGCAGCAUCUUCAGAGAGUGUACAUCGAAGCCUUCACAUCACGACAAGUAGGGAUGCAGUUGCUCUUGCAAACUGCAAGCUUCUCGCGUCUCGCAAGAACUAUAUACACUUCCUUUGUCCGGCGAAGGGCAACCAAUUUGCUACAAACUGUGGAUCUGGGUUCGAAACAAGUAGCAGCUCUUCCCUGGAAGAAGUCGCGCGGUCUUUUAGAGGCAACAAGUGAAGCACUAAGUAUGCUUUCCACUCAUGAUCGCGUGAAUCCGUCUCACGAAGCCACAUCAGUGGCUCGCAAGGCGGAUUCUCCGAAUUCGGAGACACCCUACGGAAUGGUAUGGAAGCGGUAG